AUGAUUGACGAAACAGAGCUUGAUCUGCUCCCCGAAUCCAGAGACUCCCGCCCAGACAAUGACCACAUCCGUAGACUUACGGCAUCCGAACAGCAAGUCGUUCAAGCACAGGUCGAUGUGCCUGCAGUCAAGAUUGGCUAUUUUUCUCUCUACCGUUAUGCCACCAAGACAGAGAGUUUGAUCAUGGCUGUAUCGGCCUUCGCUGCAAUGGCCGGAGGUGCCGCCUUCCCCUUGAUGACGCUCGUCAUUGGAAACCUCACGGGCAGUUUCAGCAAAUUCUAUACCGACCCUUCAAUCAUACACGAGUCCGUCCAACAUACCAUUAUCAACCUGUCGAUGUUUCUAGUCUAUAUCGGUAUUGGCAUGCUGGUUUCCUACUUUGUUGGUAUGGUAGGGUUUAGUUACACGGGCGAAAGCAUGACGCAGAAGAUUAGGGAGCUCUAUCUUCAAGCAGUGUUCCGUCAGAACAUUGCUUUUUUUGAUUUCCUGGGAUCUGGAGAGAUCACGACCCGAAUCACUGCCGACUUAAACCUGGUGCAGGACGGCGUUUCUCACAAGGUAACCCUGGUCAUUUCUGGAAUAUCGAUGUUCGUCUCCGCAAUUAUCGUCAGCUUUGUCCGGUCCUGGAUGCUUGCACUCGUCAUGCUCUCCUCAGUGAUUGCCAUGUGGCUAGUUCUCGGGAUCCUUGGGAGCUUCAUGCGGACCUAUCAGACCAAAUCUGUCAACGCCUACGCUACCGCAGGUAGCCUAGCUGAAGAGGCGAUAUCGUCUUCUCGCAAUGUCACUGCUUUUGGAACUCAGCCAUGCCUGGUAAAGAAGUACGACGCCGUGUUAGACGAAGCCGCCCAGUUCGACCUCAAGGCAAAGGCUACCCUUGGCCUCAUGAUCGCUUGCGCCAUAGCUAUUCUAAACAUGCAGUACGGUCUAGCAUUUUGGCAAGGUUCCCGCUGGGCGGACUCAGGCGAUUUGACAAUCUCGCAAAUACUCACGGUAACAAUGUCUUCGAUGGCAGCGGGAGGCACUCUACAUCACAUCACGCCUCAUAUCGGCACUUUUGGGUUGGCGGUAGCAGCCGCCACCAAGAUAUUCAGCACCAUUGAAAGGAAGUCUCCGAUUGAUCCUGGUUCCGAAACCGGAGACGAGCCAGACAAUUUGAGCGGCAAGAUACAGUUCCGCGAUAUCAAACACGUAUAUCCCUCGAGACCGGAAAGACCCAUCCUCGAUGACUUCAAUCUCAUAAUCGAUGCUGGGAAAAUUGUUGCUAUCGUGGGAUCGUCAGGGUCAGGCAAGUCAACCUUGCUUGGCUUGCUGGAGCGAUUUUAUCUUCCUAUCGCCGGGAAAGUAUUACUAGAUGGAAGAGAUAUCUCGACGUUGAAUCUUAGGUGGCUGAGGCGAAACAUGUCACUGGUUAGCCAAGAGCCAGUGCUGUUCAAUAAUACCAUCCACGAUUGUAUCGAACAUGGUCUAGUCGGAACUGAGUAUGAAAAUGCUUCUUCCGAGAUCAAAGGGAAACUCAUCGAGGAUGCUGCCCGAACCGCAAACGCCUACGACUUCAUCAAUCGCUUACCUCAGAAAUUCCAAACCCAUGUAGGAGAACGCGGGUCACUUCUCUCGGGCGGUCAAAAGCAACGCAUUGCAAUAGCCCGCGCUGUUGUAUCCGACCCAAAGAUUCUUCUCCUCGAUGAGGCUACUGCUAGCCUGGACACUCGCUCCGAAAGCGCUGUGCAGAAAGCUCUAGAUGCAGCUUCGAAGGGUCGUACAACCAUAGUUAUUGCUCAUAGACUAUCAACAAUCAGGCAUGCCGAUAACAUCGUUGUUAUGGUUAGCGGGAAAAUUGUAGAAGAAGGAACGCACAAACAGCUUCUCGGGCGAAAGACGGUCUACUACUCUCUGGUACAGGCACAGGAGCUGAUAGGAAAGCCUGUGGCGCCUUUGGAGUCCUCCCAGAACGAACAGGAUAUGGGAGUGUUCGAGAAGAGCGAGAAGUCGGAACCUCUACGCAACAUCCAAUCCAUGGAAUCUCAGCAUCAACUUAACAAAACAGGUACCGUAGAGCCGACACACCCUGAUUCUGAAGUUGCGAGCACGACUUGGCAGCUGAUGAAGUUCAUCUGGACUAUCAACAAUGAAGAGAGGCGGUUGAUCUACCUAGGCAUCGUGUUCGCAAUCUUGGCAGGGUUUCUGCAGCCUAUUCAAGCCAUUUUCUUCGGGCAUUCGAUUGACGCCAUCUCUGGACAUACCAAGAGUUCUGGCGGCCAUGGUAUCAACUUUUGGUGUCUCAUGUUUCUCAUGCUCGCCCUAGUGGCACUCGUGAUCAACACAAUUCAAGGAGUAGCUUUGAGUUUUGGAUCGGCGCGGCUUAUUCGGCGAGCUCGGUCCCUUGUCUUUCGUUCGAUACUACGACAGGAUAUGUCAUUCUUCGACACGGAUGAGGUGACCUCCGGAUCGCUAUCGUCCUUUCUUGCGACAGAACCCAACCGUCUCGCUGGAAUUAGCGGUGCCAUCCUUGGGUCUCUCUUGACCGCAACCGCCACCAUACUCGGAGGGUUUGCUAUUGCGGCCUCUUUCGGAUGGAAGCUAGCUCUGGUCUCUGUAUCUACGGUACCGUUUCUACUUGCCUGUGGGUACUGGCGAUUUCAGGUCAUCAAAAGCUUCGACAGUCGCAUGCAGAGCAAAUCAGAAGCCGCAGCUUUCGCAUGCGAGGUCGCAUCGUCAAUCCGGACCGUUGCUUCGCUAACGUUGGAGCCACAUCUGCUGAACCAAUAUUGCGAGAAGCUGAAGACCCAAACGACAGGCAACUUACGCUUCUCGGCGUACUCCUCGUUCCUCUUUGCUCUUUCGAACAGCUUGUCGAUGUUCGCCAUGGCCCUUGCAUUCUGGUACGGAGGCUCUUUGAUCCUGGAUGGCCAGUACAGCCUGGUGCAGUUUUUCGUCUGCUUCGUCGCGAUCAUUCUCUCGUCUCAGACCGCUGGGGGCUUGGUGGCCUACGUGACUGAUGUUGGUGACGCGCGCUCUGCGGCUCAACGCGUUCAUACCCUCCUCAAUCGAAGGCCGCUCAUUGAUUCCUGGUCGACGGAGGGCCGCAAAAUAGACGCUGCGGAGGGAAAGAUUGAGUUUAGGGACGUUCACUUCGCCUAUCCUGGGCGUCCGUUUCAAAAGGUCUUGGGAGGAGUCAAUCUUACCGCACUACCAGGGCAAUUCAUCGCCCUCGUAGGGGCCAGUGGUUGCGGCAAGUCCACCGCGAUGGGGUUGCUAGAGCGCUUCUACGAUCCUACGUCAGGUUCAAUCAUCCUAGACGAUGUUCCAAUACCCGAAUACAAUCUCCAGGACUACCGGAGCCAGAUGGCCCUCGUUAGCCAAGAAACUAUGCUCUAUACUGGGACUAUUCGAGAGAACAUCCUUGCAGAUGACGAUACCGUUCCUGAAAGCGCUAUCGUGCAAGCGUGUAAGGAUGCGAACAUCUUCGACUAUAUCAGUUCGUUGCCAGAUGGCUUGAACACCCUCGUAGGUGCAAAAGGGAUGUUGCUUUCUGGAGGACAACGCCAGCGUCUGGCAAUUGCGAGAGCGUUACUACGAAAUCCUAAAUUACUCCUCCUCGACGAGGCCACCUCCUCCCUUGACUCAACCUCCGAAGCCGCCGUCCAAGCCGCGCUCGACAAAGCUUCGAAAGGCCGAACCACCAUCGCGAUUGCGCAUCGAUUGAGCACUGUUCAGCACGCAGACUGUAUCUAUGUGUUCGAUAAUGGGCGAGUGGUGGAGAAGGGUCGGCAUGAGGACUUGGUGGCGAAGGGGGGCGUGUAUUGGGAGUUGGCGAGGCUGCAGGAGUUGGGGGUUUAGAUGAUGCGUCUGGGAUAUGGGGCGUUUGAGAUAAACUAGACACAGAUCGUUACCUUUUGUAUAAUUUAUGUAGUUCCUUCCGUGGGCUUGUUAGACGGAGCCAUCUUUACUUCUUUUAAGGUCACGAUACUGUUUCUACCAGGAACUUCUUCGCUUAUAAUUCAAGCUGUAGUCUAGUCGCGUCGAACGAAUGGAGAAUGGUGCUAGCUAGCGCUAUUGCACUCACUGUCGUGGUUCUCGGUGUAUGGUAGGUAUGACAGCGAGUUCGAGUAUGAGGGCGAAAAAGCUCCAGGAGGACGCGAUUCGUGAGUUUCAAUAGAGGGCUUUGCUAGAAAAGUAGACGAGAUAGGUCGCAGUGCCACGACAUCAGUCUGUGUAUACUAUCUUGCCGGUGUACGAGAUAAUGAGUGUGUUUCAGCCGUUGGGACGAGUUGUAGUCAAUGAAACCG